UCAAUAUGAUAGUUCGGUAUUGAAUUGCUUAAGUAUUGCUGCCAUCGCUGAAUGACUGCUUGCAGUGGCGAGUAUUCACGAAUGUGUUAAAUAUGCAUCGUUGCACUUCAAUAACGAACUUCAAUCCAUACUUUGCACGUUUUAUGUAUAGCACACGUACACAAACACAUUAAAAUGCGAUUAAUAAAGAGUAAUCUGUUUAUUGGAAUGAUAAACUAGAUAAAAUUUAAAGAACACCAUCUAGCGUUUUGCAGGCACAAGAAAUUUGAGGUAAAAGAGGAGGGGUCGCUUUGACAAUCCAUAUUUCCCUUAGAUAGUAAGAACUAAUGAACACAUAUGCUUGUACCUGCGUGGCAAGUAGUCAAUUGUGUUUAAUUUACUGGUACUGUAUUGGAUAUUGGUGACGCGGCAAUGGCGGAGGGUUCAGAGUUGGCAUUCUUUGACCUGAGGCUAGUCCAUGAUCACUUUGACCGUGCUCUUUUACAAGACGACGAUAUUGAUCUCAAAGCCUACCUGGAUGCCUACAAUGAACUCUACAAAUUUUUCCAGCUAAUGGGCACUGUCUUUGGCUUUGUAUCCUCUGAUUUAAAGCAAAAAAUUGAGAUACUUAUCGAGUUAAUGAGCAAAGAUGAUCAAAAUUACACUACCGUCAAGUCUAUGAUAUUAUAUGAGAAGGAAAAUAACAUUCUUUCUAAGACAAAUUACACGAAUGGUGCCCGUACCUUAUUGAGACUUCAUAGAGGCUUAGAUUUUAUUAGAGAAUUUCUUAGACAGCUAGGUGACCUUUCGGACUCUGAUAAGACAUCUAGUUGUUGCCAGGAUGCGUACAACAGAACUUUAGCCAAACAUCAUCCAUGGGUGAUUAGAAAAGCAGCAGUGGUUGCCAUGUAUACAAUGCCUACCAGAGAACUUUUGUUUAAAAAGGUUUGCGGGUCAGAUGUUCAAAGAAAUGUUGAUGUUUUGCCAAAAAUGUUAGAAGUGACUGCUGAUGUAUUCAACCGUACCCAUAAUCUUUACGAGUUCCAUGAACUUCACACACUGCCAUAAACAUAAAAAUCAGAAAUUGAUGAAUGAAGAUGCUGCACUUGCUUCUUUGAGCUGUUCUUGAAAGCAUGCAAACUAAACAUUCCGUGUUUGAAAUGUGAUAUGUAAUAAUUCCAAACCAGUAAACAACAACCUGGUCAGUGCUUUGCAAUGCACCUGUACUUAUAUACACGAUCGUAUUUAUAUUUACUGAAAUUGUACAAAACGCACUUAGUUUAGGUUCCCGUACUCUUUAUUAUACGGCGGUUUAGUCAUUUCUUUUUAGUCAGUAUAUAAAAUAGGAUGCGAAAAAUCGAUUUGCUCAACGGUUCGGCACGUAUUAUUUAUCCUUUCAAUGUUUUUAUUAUAAAAUAAUAUUGUAUAAUAAUAUGAAUGAAUUUUUGUGAAAUGUUCGACUUUUCUUUAAACCUAUUUAUUUACAACAUGGCGGUUGAACUUACCCCCCGUCAUUGC